AUGCUAGCUGGACUACUGAGCCAACUGGUCAUCCUCACCGACCAUGAAGCCCUCAAGUACUUCAAGUCACAGAGACGCAUCACAGGUCGACAGGCUCGAUGGGCAAUACUACUAGCAGACUUCGACUUCAUAUUGCAGUAUCGACCAGGAGACAAAGGUGGUGAACCUGAUGCUCUCACCAGAAGGAUGGACAUGCAACCAGCUAGUGAAGAGCAGGAUCACAAUGUGAGGCAACUACUGCCUCCUCGAGUGUUCAAGGAGACAGCAGACCAUGACUCGACCCUAGUGGCCCCUAUGCUCUCGAUGGAGUCCAUAGCAUCAAAAGGUCUCAGAGACCUGGUCAAGAUCUUCCAGCCCUUAGACAAAGAGCUACAGGAGAUACAUAGGAAGAAGCCCUUCGAGGUCAAGGACGACCUAUGGUACAGUGGAGGAAGGUUGGUUAUCCCCAAAGUGAUCAUGCCAGGGAGGACCAACAACCGACACUCAAGGAGUGCCAAAGAGGUAGAUGGACAGUCUCUCUCUGUAGAGCAUCUGCGAUUCAUGGUGAUGACCCAAUGCCAUGAUGGUAUUACUGCUGGACAUGUAGGAAGAGAUGCUACCAUCAAGGCAGCUCAACGACAUUACUGGUGGCCAAACAUGACAGCUUGGAUUGCAGACUAUGUAGCAAGUUGUCCUGUAUGUGCUAGGUACAAAGCUCCUCGUCACCAUCCAUAUGGUUUGCUACAGCCACUAGCAACACCAGACAGGCCCUGGGGCUCCAUAUCCCUCGACUUCAUCGAAGGACUACCACCAUCAAGGAACUAUGACUCCAUCCUCAUCAUUGUCAACAGGUUGACCAAGUUUGCCAUACUAGCUCCAACCCAUAAGACAGUCAUGGCCAAACAGACUGCAGUGUUGCUAUACGGACACAUGGUUAGACUUUUCGGAUACCCAGAUCACAAGGUCUCGGACCGAGGCAGGCAGUUCAUAUCAGGAGCAUGGAAGGCAUUUGCAGAACAAAUGGGUGUGAAGCACUCACUUAGCAUGGCCUACCAUCCUCAAACUGAUGGUCAGACAGAGAGGGUCAAUCAGGUCAUCGAGCAGUACCUAAGGUUGUACUGCAACUAUGAGCAGAAUGACUGGGCCGACCUGCUGGACACUGCAGCCUUUGUAUACAACCACACGGUCCACAACAGCAUUGGUGUCUCACCAUUCUUUGCAUGCUAUGGAUGGAACCCCAAAGCUCAUCCUGACAUCCCUCAACAACUAGGAGUCAAUGAUCCAGGUCGCUUCAAGUACCUCAUGGAUGGAAAGGAGCAUUGCAAGUACCUCCAGGAGCAGAUCAGAGAGGCACAAUGUAGAUCAGUAGACCAGUAUAACAGGAAGCACAAGGACAUCGAGUUUAAGACAAGGAGACCCACACCCAAGUUAGAUACCCAGUUUGCAGGACCCUACCCAGUUCAGGAAUGGCCAGCAAGAACAAGUUCUCUUCCUCAACAUGCUGAACAGCCCACCAUACCAUCACUUCCAGAUGAGGACCUCGACUUCGAAGUUGAAGCACUCAUCAACAAGCAUUCACACAAUGGGACUACAGAGUACAAAGUGUUGUGGAGAGGGUACUCAGAAGAAGCUGCUUCAUGGGAACCAGUAGAGAACCUCAACUGCCCCGACCUCAUCCAGGAGUAUGAGGUGUCAGAGGGGGGAUGA